AUGGACAAUCAAACAAAGAUGAUGUCCACAGCAGUAUGGACAAUCAGACAAAGAGUAUGUCCACAGCAGUAUGGACAAUCAGCAAAGAGUGCAUCCACAACAGUAUGGACAAUCAGACAAAGAGUAUGUCCACAGCAGUAUGUACAACCAGAUAAAGAGUGCGCAAACAGCAGUAUGGACAAUCAGACAAAGAGUGUGUCGAUAGCAGUAUGGUCAAUCAGACAAAGAAUGGGUCGACAGCAGUAUGGACAGUCGGACAAAGAGUGUGCCGACAGCAGUAUGGACAAUCAGUCAAAGAGUCUGUCAACAGCAGUAUGGACAAUCAGACAAAGAAUCUGUCAACAGCAGUAUAGAAAAUCAGAUAAAAAGUGUUUUGACAGCAGUAUGGACAAUCAGACAAAGAGUGUGUCCACAGCAGUAUGGACAAUCAGAGAAAGAGUGUGUCAACUGCAGUAUGGACAGUCAGUUAAAGAGUGUAUCCACAUCAGUAUGAACAAUCAGUCAAAUAGUGUGUCCACAGUGGUAUGGACAAUCAAAGAGUAUGUUGACAGUAGUAUGGACAAUCAGACAAAGAGUGUGCUGGAAGCAGUAUGA